CUCGAUACUUCAUUUCAUAUGAAGGGCCCAGAGCAUGUGAAAAGCCAUAGAAGUGAAGUGCUCGAGAACCAUAUCACUUGAAGAUGAUAGCGCAGCUCAAUAUCUCGCUCUAAUACUCGGUCUAGCGGUAAAGAAGUCGUACGACAUACUCAAAUGAAAUCCGGAUAGAUCAUAUACGGUGUGGUUCUCGAAACCAAACUUCAUGCGACUGGACCAUCAAACACAAGUCGUUGGUUUUGGGGAUUUGAGUUGAGACAGACUCUUCUGUACCUUACGUACUACCCGAAUGUGGAAGCUCGACGCUGUACUCCUAGGCUUGCCUACUCGCGUCUUGUGUCCGCCAUGGUACAUAAAAGACCAUAGGAAGUAUCCUAAACCCCCACAGCUCUUCACCCUGACUGUUUGCCCGGUUCUUCACCAAAGUGUACCUCAAGAGUCAAGACCACAUUCUCCCCCUAGUCGAGCCAAGAGCCGUGAGUCUAUAACAUGUCCUAGAAAAUUUCAUCACGCACCACUAGUCAGCCAUGAUCUCUCUAGAAACAUCAGUCACCAAUAUUGAUAGCCAGUGGUCCUCAAGCCACAAACCACAAACCACAAAUCACACCAAAACAGGUCUCUCGGGGGGAGGGGGGGGACACCCAACUGCAAAGUCGACAAACUUUUUGCAAUCCUCAAACUCCAAACCAAAUAUACACUAUUAAAAGGGCUCGCACUUGCACCACUCGUC